AUGUCGGCCCUCACCGAGGAGGACCUCCAGUUCUUCCACGACGCGGCCAAGGGGGAGGUGCUCCGCUACGACAAGAACCGACCCCAGAAUGUGGAAUGCCACCACGGCCGGCUGGACGACGAGCUAUGGUGCGUCUGCGACAAGGGGUGGAUGUCCUCGCCCCUGGACCGGGCUUCCUUCCAGCCGUCCUCCUCCGUCUACCACAUGUGCAACAUCAAGGUGGUGAAGCCGUCAGACGAAGCGGCGCAGAACAGGGCCGCCUCCAACUGGCUCUUCACGCUCGCCAUCGGCUCCGUGAUCGUGGGCCUGCUGUGCAUAGCGCUGACGCUCUACUGCGUCCAGUGGUGGAUGGACCACCGGCACCGACGUGCCGAGUCCCGGCCGGCCUCCGAGGAGCUCGUGCCCCUGGCGGCGGCCGGCCGAAGCUCGCUGUCCGGGUCGGACGACUCGCUGACCUCCGACCUUUCGCAGCGGCGGCCGACGGGGUUCGCGCCCCGCGGCAGUGUCGCCAAGAGCGUGCGCAUCGCGUCUCAGCCAACCGUGUACGGCCGAGCGGGGAGUGUGCACAGCUCGGAGCUCACGGCCACCGACACAGAGUAG